AUGCAAUCGACAUCAUUAAUGACGUCUGAUAAUUUAAACUAUUCCCAGAAUACAUCUCAGCUCUGGCCGAACGGCAACACUCGAAAGCGUAAAGUUGACGCGAGUUAUUUGGACGACAAAAGUCAACGUAAAAUUUUUGUAACUGAAGAAAAACUCAUUGAAAACAUGCGCACACUUUCAUUACAAAUAUCUGUAAAUAAUCAACCAAUCGACGAAGAUCAAAAAGACGAAUUUGAUCAAAAUGAAACAGAUCAUGUGUUGGACGUAGAUACGAAAUACGAACUGCAUACAUUCGUGAAAGAUACGUUGAGGAAAGAUGAAUUCCAGGAUGAAUUUAUCCAUAAAAUGUACGAUUUAGAACGAAAACGAUUUUCUAUGCAAAUUGUUCCGUACAUGCCAAUACAUCCAGCACAGUUGAGUACUACCGAUGAAACAGUGAAGAAAGAGGAGAAGAAAAAAGAACCUGAAAUUUCGAAAAUGAUUCCACCAAAAGCAAGCGAUGAUCAUGUGUUUAAAAAACCACUUUUACCAUUGCCGUACACAGUUGAAGAACCGUUUGAGAACACGAGUAAACGAACUCUGCGAAUGAAAAGAAGUUAUUCCCAAGCUGUAAGAUACAACAAUAAUCUGACAGUUGUUGAACUGAAAAACGAUUGUAACGAUUCACCAAUUCGGACUUCUCAAUCAGAUUACUUCAUUCUCGAGCCCAGCACACCAGUUGUGAAUGAAUCUUCGGCAAAUCAUUCUCAGGUGUCAUUGUCAACAAUUAGACCAGCCGUGUACAUAACUGAAUAUUUCGAUUUCUCGCCAUCGAAUGGAAGCAAUGACGAUGGUACGGUUGAUAUGCAAUCCAGUCUUAUUUUUCACGCUUGUGAUCAAAUGGAUGACGAUCUUUGA